AUGCUCAACAGCCGUGCUUCACAGCCGACGAUCUGCAGGUGGGGGAGGGGCAGGGGCGUCUUCGAUGGAGACUAAUUCACGCGGCAGAUUCGUCAUUGGAGCAGCCGUUUUCUCGGCGGUUCUUAGCUCCGGGGAAGCUUGUCAACUUAUGCGACAGUUGCCUUGGGACGGAUAUUUUCGACUUGAAUUGAGGGGCUGUUAAUCAUGAGGUUUUGUGAUCGAGCUCGCGACGAUCCACAGAUAAGUCAGGGAUAAUCGAUUUAAACCGCUCUGCCCCCCUCUCCCCGCUCCUGUCAGUUACAACCAGGUAGCGAAGAGAGAGAAUAACAGAAAUCAUGGGUGUCACCAAAUUGCCGUUCCACGCCGACCACAUCGGCUCGCUUAUCCGCCCCGAGGCUCUCGCGCAGACUCAGGAGCAGGCCGAUGCCGGGCAAGUCUCGCCCGAGCAGCUCCUCGCGGCGCAAAAGGCCGCCAUUGCCGACAUUGUCAAGAAGCAGCAGGACCAUGGCGUGCGCGCGCUGUCGUCCGGCGAGUUCGACCGCAAGUACUACUUCUCGGGCUUCUUCGAGAAGCUCGAGGGCUUCAGGGAAGUGAGCCCCGUGCCGUGGGAGCUGGCUCGUCUCUCGGCGCCGCCCAUUGCCGCGCUCAAGAAGGCCGGCAAGCAGUACCCCAUGGCGGCCGUCUGCGAGGGCAAAAUCAAGUACACCAAGAGCCCGUACCUGGACAACUGGAAGCUGCUGCGAGACUGCGUGCCCCGCGAGCAGUGGGCCGAGUGCAAGUUCACCAUGCCGCCUCCAUGCUACUUCCACCUGCGACUGGCGUCGGGCAAGUGCUACAGCGCCGAGGCCUAUGCGAACGACGAGGAGUUCUUCGCCGACCUGGCCAAGGCCUACCAGCAGGAGCUGAAGACUCUCUAUGACGAGGGCGUGCGCAACAUCCAGAUUGACGAUCCCACCCUGGCCUACUUCUGCUCUGACGAGAUGCUUGCCGCUCUCAAGAGCGAGGGCGUCGACCCGGACAAGUUGUUCGAGACGUAUCUCAAGGCCCACAAUGACUGCAUUGCCGGCCGCCCCGAGGGUCUUCAUGUCGGUCUUCACAUCUGUAGAGGCAACUUCUCCAAGUCGAUGCACUUCAGCGAGGGUUCUUACGAGAAGAUUGCUGAGAAGUUCUUCACCACCCUCAACUACGACACCUUCUUCCUCGAGUACGACAACACGCGGUCCGGCGGCUUCGAGCCGCUCCGCUUCCUCCCCAAGCACAAGAACGUGGUCCUGGGCGUGGUCACCACCAAGGACCCGGAGCUGGAGGACGCCGCCGUCAUCAAGAGCCGCGUGCUCGAGGCGGCCAAGAUCAUCGCCGACGGCCAGGGCCGCAGCGCUGAAGAGGCCAUGCCGCAGAUUGGCAUCAGCCCCCAGUGCGGCUUCGCCAGUGUGGCCGUGGGUGCCGAGGGCAUGACGGAAGAAAAGAUGUUUGCCAAGCUGAAGCUUGUUGACGAUGUUGCUCGGGAUCUCUGGGCGUAAGGGAGAUGAAAUAAGGGAGAUGAAAUAAGGCGUACAUAGAAAUCUGGUGUUGGGUGAAUGGAAUGCUGCAUUUCCAGCGCCCUGGUCGCGCCUGCCUCCGAUUGUGUUUCUUGAGUCCCGAUCCGAUUCGCCGAUCCCUCCGCCCACUACAUCGAUUGCGGCGAAAGGCCAUGAUUCACACAGCAUCACCACUCACCUUAUGGGAUCUUUAUUGCGUUAAAGGCACUGGCUGUUGGCCUGGCCUGUGUGUAUUUUGUUUUAUUUUAUCUGCCCCUUCCGCUGACUCGAUCGACACUUGUCA